UGAGAGCGAUUUGACCUGAAUUAACGCGCCGAAGUGUUUUAAAAAAUCGUCUCCCCUUUUGGCGAAACUAUGAGUAACAACUGCUCCUGCUGAGAAAGCAUAACUAUGUCGGCUCAUAGUAGCGGUCUUCUGCCUCCGGAUGAGUUGGCAGAUUUACACAUUUUUGUCGUUCCCUUGGAUCUGUGGCUCGAAAAAUACCGAACAGCCUUUAACAACAUCGCUUUGGAGUCCGUUUCUGCUGGAUUUGUCCGGGUUCAGCCGUAUAUUUCUUUAAACCAUCUACGAGAUCACAUCGAGGAACAACUAGGACCAGAAGUUGUUCCAGAAGACUAUAUAUUCUUGAGAUCUGUUGGAAGAUGUAUGGCCGUGGUCAAAGAAAAUCAAGAGCGUUUGCUCAAAGCCAAGGACUUUUUACCACCUGUGGCUUAUAGUCCAGAAAUAUUUAUCCUUCCUGGAACUCAUGAUGCCUUUGCAAGGCCAGCAGAGAAUGCUACCAAUACCAUUAUACAAACUCAUGGCUUCACAACUGCUGGUAUGGCAUCCAUUCAGCCUCAUCAGCUUCCACCUGCAGGGUUUAUCCAGCAACCAUUUGUUCAUCAAAAUGUGCUUCCAGGUGGUUAUAAUAACCCUCACCAAUCUACAUUACAAGGAGAGCCAAAUGGUUCUCUCAAUCGUGUUGAGAAAAGUGGCAGAUCUCAAAAGUCUGUUUCAGAAGAUGAGGGAAGCAGUGACCAUGAGAGAACACAAGACGACGGAGAUCAAGAGAAUGGCAGGAGACGGCAAUCAUUAGAAGACAGAAGUGGUGGAUCCUCAGAGAAUGAUGGUGGGUUAGAGGAUGACAGAAAAGAACAUAAGAAAAAACAGAAAAAGGAAAUUCAGAAUGAAAAACCACAAGACAACUCAUCCACUCCUGCUGCAUCCAAGUUGAAAAAGAACAAAAUACAGAAGAAAGGAAGCAGCAGUUCAGAUGGAAGUAAUCAAUCAGAAACCAAAAGUGUGAAGUUUAUUCAACCAGAGGUGUAUCAGACUCUGACUCUUCCUGGUCAAAAUGGGGCAGGGGUGUCUCCCCCAACACCUAUUCCAUCUGGGCGUGUCAUUUCAUCACCAUUUCCAGGCCAAGAGGCUGAACAAGUCAUAGCUCAUUCUAGAAAUGUGGAUUCUACUGAUAUACAUGCAAGUAAGGAUAAUCCAAGUGGUAAAAUAGAUGAGAAAGGUGCAGCUGAUUUAAAUAGGAAGAAAAAGCCUGCUGAUUCCAAAGGAGGGAAAAAGAAAAGGAGAGACAGAUCGCGAUCACCUUCUGUUGAGCGAACUCAAUCCAAAGAACAGAAUGGUCAAAAGGAAGAUAGUAGAUAUGUUAUUUAUGAGGUUACCAAUGAUUCAGCUGUGUAUGGUGAAGUGACAAUGAGUCGUGUAGAUACGCCUCCAAGUUUAAGUGAAGUGGAAGAGAGAUCCAAGUUUGUUCAGUUCCCCUCUCCAGCCAAAGGAGCAAGAAGGCCAACACUGCCUGAUGAACUGGAGCAUGACAAUGCUAUUGCAAAUGGAUUACAAGACUUGAAUGCGCUUAAUCUGCAUGAUAGUGAAGACAAUUUGGAUGGCUAUCAAAACGGUAGUGAACAGGAAGAACUGGCUGAAGAAAUUAACGACAACAAUGAUCAGAGAGGAUUCAAUGAUGCACGACUUAAUGACAAGAAAGAUAUUUCAGGGGACACACAGCAGGGUGCAGAAGGAGAUAGAGCUGCAGGCAAGGACAGCAAUAAAAUGGGUACAAAAGACGAUACAAAGAAAGGUAGCGUGAAGGCAAAUGCUACAAAAGGAAAAAAAGUGGUGAAAAAACCUGCUAAAAAACCUGUCGAAAGUAUUGAAAACAAAUUCAAAAUCCCUCAGCUUCCCAAGGCCCCCACGCCACCCCCCAUGAAGUACCCCAAGAGGGGUGAUAAGGAACUGGAGGCAGACAGUGCAUCAGCUAAGGAUAGGAAACGUCGUGAGAUAGAAGAGUUGAAGGCUGAGUUGAGAAAGGCCAAGAAUGCAAGGGUGGACAUGGAGAAAGAGAGAGAGGCAAAAGUACGGAGAGCCAAGAUGUUACAGAAUCAGAUGAUGCAGAAGAGGAAUCAAUCAAAAAACAUUUGGAAGAAGAAGUUUUUUGAGGAGAAGAGAAAAACAGCUGCAUUAGAAGAGCAGGUCAACAGACUGAGACAUGAAGUCGAUGCUCAACACAAAACUCUAAUGUCUUACUUGGAAAGUAAAGAAAGGGAAGGCGGAAGACCUCAAGCGGGAGUGGACUUCAAGUCACCGUCUGAAAAGACAAACCAACGCAUGUCUCUGGCACGAUUGCAGCAUGAGGUUGAAGAACUACGGAGGAGAAUUGAAGAACUGAAAGCUAAACUUACGGCUGAAAUGAAGAAUCGUGACGCCGCCCAGAAGGAGUUGAAACAAAUUCGAGAGGAUUUGAUGGAGAAGAAGAUCAACCUUACUCUGACGAAAUCACAAAAAAGCCUGGCAACUCUGGCGAACCCGGAAAACAUUGCUGUGUGAUACGUUACGUGUGUGUGAUACAUUUCGUGUCGUGAUCCGUUACGAGUGUGAUACGUUACGUGUUGUGACGCGUUAUGCGAUGAAAUAGCUGCAGUAAGAAACUUUACUGGCAGCAGUCAGACCUCAAAGUUAAGACGUGUGCUAUGAACGGUUGUUUAACAUCAAUUCCACAAACAUUUAAUAGCUGAAAAGAAGUGUUGUGAACUAUAAUUUUGUUGAUCACUUUGUUCAAAACAAUAUUAACGUAUAUUUAUUUAUGUUCUCGAUCAUUAAUGUCCAAGAAGUACAUCUCAUAUAUUUUUUAAGAAAAUUAGACAGUGGACUUAAAACCGCUAUAGGUAAUUUUUCUACAGAAAUAAAA